CGUUACUUUCGUCACAUCACUACUUUGACAACAACCAUUUUCGUGGGAUUCACCGAGAAACAAAAUUUAUAAAAUAAUUUCUAUCGCUUUUUGUGAUAAGAGGGUACAUAAACUACUGUGAGAAUAUUUGCCGACCUCAUGUGGAUUAUUUGCGUUGCGAGAAGCGGCAGGAACCGUGUGAUUUCGUAUUUAUUUUGCUGAUUUAAGAAACUUGAGCAGUUUAAGUUCGUUAGUUUAUUAGUAAUUAAAAAGUUAAAACAAUAAGAUGGAUGAAGAGGAUACGAAACAAUGUCCCAAUUGCAAGCGCGAGAUCCCCUCAAUCAACUUCACGACGCACUCUGUGCACUGUGCACGCAACCUCCGCAACUGCCCCGUCUGCAAAGAGCCGGUGCCCGUGGCACAACUGCAGGAGCAUCACGACGCGUUGCACAAAGAAGUGCCAUGUAAGAAAUGUGGCGAAAGUGUCUGCGGGACGGACCUCGAGGACCACAUCAGGGAUUCCUGUGCACAGACCAUCAAGCCAUGCAGAUAUUGCGAGUUAGAACUCCCCCGCCACGCUCUACCCCCACACGAGUCAUACUGCGGGGCGCGCAGCGAGCAAUGCCCCGAGUGCAAGGAAUACGUCAUGAUCAAGUACCGCCAACUGCAUUUGGACUCCAACCACGGCUUCAUCCGGCUCUCUGACGGUAGCUAUAACAAGUGUUUCCCCAGAUAUUGCGAGCUAGAACUCCCACGCCACGCUCUACCCCCACACGAGUCAUACUGCGGGGCGCGCAGCGAGCAAUGCCCCGAGUGCAAGGAAUACGUCAUGAUCAAGUACCGCCAACUGCAUUUGGACUCCAACCACGGCUUCAUCCGGCUCUCUGACGGUAGCUAUAACAAGUGUUUCCCCAGAUAUUGCGAGCUAGAACUCCCACGCCACGCUCUACCCCCGCACGAGUCGUACUGCGGGGCGCGCAGCAAGCAAUGCCCCGAGUGCAAGGAAUACGUCAUGAUCAAGUACCGCCAACUGCAUUUGGACUCCAACCACGGCUUCAUCCGGCUCUCUGACGGUAGCUAUAACAAGUGUUUCCCCAGAUAUUGCGAGCUAGAACUCCCACGCCACGCUCUACCCCCACACGAGUCGUACUGCGGGGCGCGCAGCGAGCAAUGCCCCGAGUGCAAGGAAUACGUCAUGAUCAAGUACCGCCAACUGCAUUUGGACUCCAACCAAGGCUUCAUCCGGCUCUCUGACGGUAGCUAUAACAAGUGUUUCCCCAGAUAUUGCGAGCUAGAACUCCCACGCCACGCUCUACCCCCACACGAGUCGUACUGCGGGGCGCGCAGCGAGCAAUGCCCCGAGUGCAAGGAAUACGUCAUGAUCAAGUACCGCCAACUGCAUUUGGACUCCAACCACGGCUUCAUCCGGCUCUCUGACGGUAGCUAUAACAAGUGUUUCCCCAGAUAUUGCGAGCUAGAACUCCCACGCCACGCUCUACCCCCGCACGAGUCGUACUGCGGGGCGCGCAGCGAGCAAUGCCCCGAGUGCAAGGAAUACGUCAUGAUCAAGUACCGCCAGCUGCAUUUGGACUCCAACCACGGCUUCAUUCGGCUCUCUGACGGUAGCUAUAACAAGUGUUUCCCCAGAUAUUGCGAGCUAGAACUCCCACGCCACGCUCUACCCCCGCACGAGUCGUACUGCGGGGCGCGCAGCGAGCAAUGCCCCGAGUGCAAGGAAUACGUCAUGAUCAAGUACCGCCAACUGCAUUUGGACUCCAACCACGGCUUCAUCCGGCUCUCUGACGAUCCUGUGCCAAUUGAAAUCAAAGCAAAAUCAAAACCCAUCACCAACGGCAUCGCCAACCCGUCCACCAGCCGCCAGAACGAACCCAACAGAGCCAGACCUCAAACUGAGAUACCUCAGACCACUAGAUCUGACCUUAAAACUAAACCUCAAACUGAGAUACGAUUUCCAGGGUCAAGCCAGGACAAUAGAGGUGUUGUGAAUGGAGUUAAUGGAGGUAGAAAUAUAGAACAGAGAGCUAGCGAUAGUUCUAGAAAUGAAAGAGCUGUAGAUAGGGUAUCUAAUGUGGGAACAAGUGGGGACAGGAGUGGGAGGGUGACGGUGAAGAGGACCAACGAUCAACCGCAGAUUAACACGAGUGUGGAGCCGAGAGAAAAAGUUCAUAAGGAGUUAGCAACUCGCGGCGCCGUCAAGAAGCGGCCGGCGCCGCAGCCCCCGGCGGCGCCGGCACGUGACCUCCCUUAUUGGAGCGCUCAAAAGCGAGCUCAAGACGAAGAGCAAAAACGACAGGAACAAAAUGCUUACAACCUUUCUGUCGGCCUCCCACCCGUCCUCUCACCAGCAGCCAAACUCGACAAGCUCCGCAAAAUGGACGCCCUCCACAACCGAGAGCUGGAAGAGGACUACAGUCACAAGCUGCGAGGCCGAGUAUGGCAACCCACAGAGCCUGAAGGGCAUAGACUAGGCGGAGAGACAGACGGGCAGAUCGACGAUCUAAGCCACCUGCGGCCUAUGACCGCGCAGCAAUUCAUGGACAGUGUUAAGAAUAUGACAAGCUUCGUAAAAUGGACGCUCUCCACAACCGAGAGCUGGAAGAGGACUACAGUCACAAGCUGCGAGGUCGAGUAUGGCAACCCACAGAGCCUGAAGGACAUAGACUAG